CAAUCCAGUGUCGAUCACCACGAUAACCACCGACAAUACAGAAUUGCUAUCGAUUCUGUGUCCCCUCGUUCAUGUUGCGCUCUGUGCCACGAUACAUCUUCGAGGCCUGAGUACGUCUUCGCCUGGACUCUGUCUCUCCAUUAUUGAAAAUCAUAACGAAGAGCUUCGUUUCUCAUGCUCAAGGUUGGGCAGCGAACACCUGACCAUGGUGUGAAGAAACUACCGAUCCCAGCAGGAGGGAGAAAUAAAAUCCAGUGUUGCGAACAAUUUGCCCAACCUGAAUUUGAUAUUGCCUCCAAGCUUUCGAAACGUGGCUGCUCGUAGACACGAAGUUGACAUUUCUGCUCUACUCUCCUUCGCGGUUUGGGACGAAACCCCGUCGUGUAAACAGCACGAAGCGAGAAUUUGAGUUUUCGUUUAAUUCCGAUGCAGAGCUUUCGAUUUUGAUCUUUGCCAAUUGGCCGACCCCUUCAGGCCGGCCAAAUGCUCGGAAGAGUCGGCAGGUGGUCAGCUUUCCACCGCGAUCAGUCGGUGAAGAAAUUUCAUUCUCACUCACGAACAAGUACAUUUGGCUGGUCUUCUUGGUCCCACGCCUGAAGCUUGUCAGCGCUCUCAUGACUCGCUUCGGGCUGGAAACAACCGAUGACCACAUACAGAACCCUUCCUCAUGCCAGGCAAGAAUCAGGCUGCCUUAGCUCUUUCUUGCAGUGAUGUUAUCAUGCACUGCGCCAAAAUGUAAUCGAAUAGUGCUUAGUGUGCCCCAGUCAGCACGCAAAAAUCGAAUCAGCUGACAGGCGAAGCGGCAAACAAGUGCUCUGGCGUGGCUGACCAUGACUCGGAGGUGCUGUGCAAUGGAACAUUCCAGAAGUGCCGAACUGGAUCGGUGGAACAAUCGGAAAGAAAACUUGGCAGCAUAUUCUGCAGAUACUGGUAUGGAAUAGGAAUGAUGCGGGGGAUUUUGUGGCUCGCUUUUCUUGUUAGGUGAGAUCUGGUGGGUGCUAGCAGUGAGCAGAACAUGCCUCUUGCAGCAAGAAUCAUCACUUUGCUCGGUACAUUGCAUACACUGGAAUCGAAGGUAAUCUUGCCGAGACAAGAACUGGUGCCUGGAAGAAGCAGCGCUGUUUGCCCAUCGCUCCAUUCUUUUCUCGCCCAUGAUUCUGGACAGAACCCCCUGCCUGGUCUCAAGGUUUCUUCAUUGUCGUCCUCCGGGCCUCCAACGCGUUGUUGCAGUUACAGUUGCUCGAGACUGAAGAGAGCAGUAGCAGUUACAGCAGCAGAAGCGAUCGGGAGAGCCGCAAUGGGAGAAUUGAGUGGUGUGAUGAGCAUGAAGCCCCUCUUUUCGUUCGGACUCGUAGCGGAUGUUCAGUAUGCCGACAAAGAUAAUAAAGGACCAGAUGAGGAAGGACGUGUCCAGAGGUAUAGAGAAGCCACCGGAAAGCUCGAGAAGGCAGUGAAAGCCUUCAACACCAACAAACACAAUUUGCAAUUCGUUCUCACUCUGGGUGACAUCAUCGAUGGAAAUAUUACAGUUCAACAGACAGAGUCAGACUUCGAUGAAGUGUUGGUCCGUCUUGCUAAACUGGAACUGAAAGCGUAUCAUCUUCUAGGAAAUCACUGCUUGAGAUUACCGCGAGAAACCUUAUUGGAAAAAUUGGAUAUGCCUGCUCUCUACUACCAGAAACAAAUUCACCCAGGAUGGACUUUGAUCGUACUGGAUUCAAUGGAUCUGAGUAUAAGAUGGCCUACCGAGAGCGAAAAGUACAAGGACGGUCUGAAGUUCUGUCAAGAGCAUCCGAUAGUGGAAGAUAAAAGCACUCAGAUGGCUUCGUGGAACGGUGGUCUUGGAGCUGAACAGUUAGCCUGGUUCGCUGGAGUCCUUCAAGAGGCUGAAAGAGAAGGAACGAAGGUGAUUGUAGCAGCUCAUCAUCCAUUGUUACCGGGAUCAGCUCCCUUGUCUCAUCUUAUGUGGAAUCAUGACCAGGUGUCAUCCAUUCUGCUGACGAGUCCUUCGGUGGUGCUCUUUCUAAGCGGUCAUUAUCAUCCAGGAGGCUAUUUAAAAGUCGGGGGUCAGCAUUUUGUCACUGUACAGGCUAUUCUGGAAGCACCUCUCGACUCAGAAGCUCAUGCUUUUGUUCACGUGUACGAAGACCACAUCACCAUCGAGGGUUAUGGAUUCGUCGAGAGUAGAAAUUUAACUAUAGAAUCAGAGCCUUCAGCCCAGAACAAACUAAGUUAAGAGGAAUAGUUUGGCGUUGCAAGAGAAGGUUGGCUUCUUGAUUCUCUUGCUUACUCGGUAAGUUCAGUUCUUGAACAGCGAUGAACCGCAUCGAAUUCUAUUAGAGAAAUAGAGCAAUGCAAGAAUGUGGGUCGACAUAGGUUCUGAGGAAGGAAAUUCGAUAGAGUUGUUGAUGACAUCCAUUAGGGUGUUAAUGGCUCUAGCAGCUCAAAACAAUUUAGAGCUGCACCAGAUGGACGUGAAAACUGCAAUUUUGAACGGACUAUUAGAUGAAGAAGUCUGCAUGGCCCUUCCUGAAGGGUUGAAUAUCUCUUUUGAGAAAAACAUGGUAUGCAAACUGAACAAGUCCAUUUAUGGACUGAAGCAAUCCUCACGACAGUGGUAUCAAAGGAUUGACUCCUUCUUACUGCAGAUUGCUUUUACCAGAGCUAAUGCAGAUCAGAAUGUUUACAUGUACUCUCAAGAAGUGCAUUUGUGUAUUUCGCACUAUAUGUGGACGACUGUAUACUGGCGAGUGAUUCCUUGCAUCUUCUUACAAAUAUCAAGGAGAAAUUUGAAACGGAGUUCGAUAUGGUGGACUUAGAAGAGAUCCAUCAUUGUCUUGGUAUGCAAGUGGACAGAAAUCAUGAAGAUCGGUGGAUUCGGAUCUCCCAACCACGAUAUUUGGUUGAAAAACUUGCGAGGUUCAACAUGACUGACUGUAAGCCUAUUGAUACACCAAUGGAAUCGGUUUGAAGUUAAGUGUGCUUGACUCUCCCAGUUUAGUGGGAGAGAGUGAAGAG